GGCCGCGUGGCUAUAACUUUUUCGAGUUAUAUUUUAUUAAAAUUUGCUUUCUUCCAUUAUUUCAAAGCAAGAAAGCACGAUGAAAGUAGUAGUCUCGUCAAGAGCUUAUUCUAAAAUACUUUUACAUGCUAGUAAAUACCCUCACAGGGCCAUUUGUGGCGUGUUAAUAGCGCAUGAAAAUUGUGAUAUAAAUAAAAUUGAUGUAUUGGACGCUGUUCCGUUGUUUCACCUUAGUCUGGGCUUGGCACCCAUGAUGGAAGUUGCACUAAUACAGGUUGACGCAUAUUGUAAAAGCAAUAAACUGCAAGUUGUUGGUUAUUAUCAGGCUAACCAAUCACUUGACAAUAACAGUCCUGAUGUAUAUGCAUACAAAAUAGCAGAAAAAUUACAGGAAAACUUUAGCUCAGCAUUUAUUUUAAUGGUUGAUAACAAGAAGAUGGGUUUUGAAUGUGAGGUGCAAGCUUGCAAGUUAUAUCACCUUCAAGAGAAUAAAUGGAAAUACAAUGAAAAAGAUCUUUGUCUAGCUGAUGAUGAAACUCUGAACAUUGUCUCACAGUUGAUGAUUGGGAAAGCCUACCCUAGCCUAGUGGAUUUUGAUAAUCAUUUAGAUGACCUUAGCUUGGACUGGUUAAAUCCUGAAAUAAAUAAAGUUGUUGAUAAUGCAACAGUUCAAAUUCAAGAAUGAAAUAAUGAAAAAAAGAAUCUAAAUUCUGUUGCAAUCUAAAUAUACACCAUAUCCCAAAUUGACAUCACCUUCAUUGAUUCAUAAUAAAUUAUUUACUAAAUAGUAUGUAA